AUGGUCUCGCACCUCCUGCCAUCCAUCCAUCCACCCAACACACCACUCUCCCCCUCGCCAUCCACACAAUCCCGUCGCACAUGCCGAUGUACAAACACAGUCAUCCCACACCCACCCAAUCCCCCACAUCCCGACCCUCCCCAACCGCGCCCGCCUCCUGCAUCCGCACCCGAGCCCGAACCUGUUCAGACACCCACGGACAGGUACGGUACGUGCGCCGGAAAACUAUUUUCGCGUCCGUUCCCUUUAGCCGGACAAGAUUUCUCCUUCUCCUUGGGGAGGGAGGGCGGUGCGGUGGGGUGUGAGAUGCAGAGUAUGGGUGGGAAUGGAGGUGGAGUGUUGGGAUUCGGCCGCGGAUAA